AUUUAGAGAGCUGCUGAAUGUGCAUGCCAUCCCUCUAUCCUCUCUCAUCUCUUCUGUCAGGAUGUUCAUGCAUUUGGAGGUCUGUUACUAUAUCUUCAUUUUGAUGACUCACAUGACAAGGUCCUGCUUCAGCUGGUCAGUGAAUAAUUUCCUGAUGACUGGACCUAAGGCUUACCUGAUUUACUCCAGCAGCGUAGCAGCCGGGGCGCAGAGCGGCAUCGAGGAGUGCAAAUACCAGUUUGCCUGGGACCGAUGGAACUGCCCUGAGAGAGCCCUGCAGCUGUCCACACACAGAAGCCUCCGCAGCGCGAACAGGGAGACAGCGUUUGUCCAUGCCAUCAGUUCAGCAGGAGUCAUGUACACUCUGACAAGGAACUGCAGUCUGGGGGACUUUGACAACUGUGGCUGUGACGACACCAGGAAUGGACAGCGGGGGGGUACAGGCUGGCAGUGGGGGGGCUGCAGUGACAACGUGGGGUUCGGUGAGGCCAUCUCCAAGCAGUUUGUUGACGCGCUGGAGACAGGCCAGGACGCACGGGCCGCCAUGAACCUCCACAACAACGAGGCUGGGCGCAAGGCGGUGAAAGGAACCAUGCAGAAGACAUGUAAGUGCCAUGGCGUCUCUGGGUCCUGCACCACACAGACCUGCUGGUUACAGCUACCAGAGUUCCGGGAGGUGGGAAACUACUUGAAGGAGAAGUACCACCGAGCCCUGAAGGUGGACCUGCUCCGGGGAGCCGGGAACAGUGCAGCCAGUCGAGGGGCCAUCGCAGAGACUUUCAGCUCCUUCUCUCGUAAAGAACUGGUCCACCUAGAGGACUCCCCAGAUUACUGUUUGGAGAACCGUACUCUGGGUCUGCCUGGCACAGAGGGCAGAGAAUGCCUGAAGAAGGGCAAGAACCUAAACAAGUGGGAGAAGCGGAGCUGCAAGAGGCUGUGUGGGGAGUGCGGUUUAGCCGUGGAGGAGAGGAAGGCGGAGUUGGUGUCGAGUUGCAAUUGUAAGUUCCACUGGUGCUGUGCGGUGAAGUGUGAGCAGUGCCGUAAGACGGUGACCAAGUACUUCUGUGUGAAGAAGGGGGGGCAGAGGGGGAAGAACGAGAGUGCUGGGAGCCGUAAGAAGAACCUGAGGCUGAGGAAGAAGCACUGAGCUGCGUCCAUCUUCCUCACCAUCCUCAUCACUGCCAUAUGCCUUGUCUUCUCACAAGAUGAUUUUCACAGACCCUCUCAAAUGUUUUUACAACAGGCUUUCUGCUUGUAUUCAAAAGACUUCAUUGGAAAAUAAUUUAUUGAAUAAGUCAAGUAUUGUUGUUAUCCCAAUCAAAUGUUUAAUAGUGGGGUAGAAAAUGUGUGUAAAAAAAACAUGUUGAUAAAACUACAUGAGAAAAAAUAGAGGGAAACUAUUAGUUGUGUAGAACUGAUGGUAUAAAGGGUAUACAUAUAUUUAAAAUGAUUUAAAAAACUUUUUCCCCCAACUAUAUAUAUUAUUAUAAGUCAUUGGGCAUUUAAAGCAUGUUACAUACGGCCACAUUCAAUAAUCUCCUUCAUACCUGAUAUCUUGAACAACUCUUCCUUAAUGAUCCGUCAACGGUAAACCUCAACAACAUCUUAUUUAUUGUCAUAAGUACCACCAAUGAGCUACGCCAUUUCCGAUUGGUCAGUUUAUCAAACAUUCCUUCCUGUCAUGAUGACCAAGCUCUCUCUACAUGUGACAGUGCCUGAGAUCGAAGCAUCCCAGUAGUUUGUUCAAGCAUGUAUCACAACAGAUAUUCAGAUUAUAGGUUUGAAAAACAAGAAGAGACUUUGGGGUGCAUUCCUCUCGUCCAAUCCCUUGCCCUGCCCUGCCCAGCCCUGCCCUGCCCAGCCCUGCACUGCCC